AAUCUGCAUUCUUGAAAGAAAGGAGUUUGGUGAAAAAACAAAGGGAAGGGAGGGGAGGUGUAUGAUCUGAAAGCAUUUGAAAAAAUGUCACUUCCAACCCUCUCUUUCAUCUCAACCCUCCCUUCUACCCUUCCUAUCUCUCAUCACCCAUCUCUCCCAACGACACCCAAAUGCAUUACUGGCACCAUUUUCUGUCGUAAAUUGGAAGGUUCACUUCAUGAUGAAGAUCGGUUUUGCCGAAGGGACAUUUUGAAAGGAUUCAGCACUAUCAUUGGCAUGGAAAUGAUAGCAAGCUCAGGAUCGUUCACGGAAAUGGCACAUGCUGCUGAUUUGAUCCAACGGAGACAGCGUUCCGAGUUUUUGUCAAGUAUUAAGGGGACCUUAUUUGCAGCUAUAAAGGGGAAUCCAGAGCUCAUCCCGUCCAUCCUGACACUAGCACUGAAUGAUGCCAUGACUUACGACAAGGCUACAAAGUCUGGGGGCCCAAAUGGAUCGAUCCGGUUCAGCUUGGAGAUAAGCAGACCUGAAAAUAAAGGGCUUUCAGCAGCUUUGAGUCUUCUGGAGGAAGCAAAAAAAGAAAUAGAUUCAUACUCCAAGGGGGGACCUCUUUCGUUUGCAGAUCUCAUCCAAUCUGCAGCACAAUCUGCAACAAAAAAUACCUUCCUGGCUUCAGCAAUCCGCAAAUGUGGGGGAAAUGAAGAGAAAGGGAACUUAGUAUACACCGCAUAUGGUUCAAAUGGUCAGUGGGGCUUGUUUGAUAGAGAAUUCGGGCGGGUGGAUUCUCAAGAACCAGACCCGGAGGGGAGGAUUCCACAGUGGGAGAAGGCAUCUGUCCAGAAAAUGAAAGACAAAUUCUCUGCCAUUGGCUUUGGGCCUCGCCAGCUUGCUGUUAUGUCUGCAUUUCUGGGACCUGACCAAUUGGCGACUGAGAGUCGAUUGGCAUCGGAUCCAGACGUUCUUCCAUGGGUCCAGAAAUAUCAGCGUAGCCGAGAAACCGUGUCUCAAACCGACUAUGAGGUUGAUCUGAUAACUACCCUCACAAAAUUAAGUCGCUUGGGCCAGCAAAUAAAUUAUGAGGCGUACACAUAUCCUGUCCAAAGGGUGGAUUUGAGCAAACUGAAAUUGUAAAAAAAAAUAACAAUAAAAUAAAAUAAAAUCAGAUGUAAGAAGCUCACCAGAGCCGGCUAAUUUUCAAAGAUUUUACAGAAUACUCGGUCGAAGCACUCAUAAGCAGCCUCUCAAGUUUUCUCAGUAACUUCUACUCAAUCUGCGUCGUUCUGUAUCAGCACUAGUCUGAUUCAUGAGUUUGUGAAAAAAUGCACUUGUUUUGAACUAUUUGUUUUCAGAGAAUGUAAUAUGUGCCACUCUAAUGAAUUGAAAUUGGCAUAGAGAUGAGCAGAAAUGCCAUGUUAUAGUUGUUUCUGCAGUGAGAUCAGGGAUUGAAAAUCA